CCAGGCGGGAGAGAGAGAAAGCCCGACCGACCGGCUGGCCGAGAGCUGCAUGCAACCGGUGGGAGGCCGGGCCGGCUGGGGCUGGGGCUGGGGCGGUUUCUCCGCGGAUCCCUGGCGGCGAGCGCGGACGGCCCGGAGGCGGCGGCUCUGAGCUGGCAGGCGGAGGGUUGUCUCCCGCGCCCGCCUGCCCUGCUCGGUUCGAGGAUGCGGGGGGGCGAUGCCCGGGGCCAGGGACGCGCUCUGUCACCAGGCGCUGCAGCUGCUGGCCGAGCUCUGUGCCCGCGGGGCCCUGGAGCACGACAGCUGCCAGGAUUUCAUCUACCACCUGCGGGACCGCACCAGACCCCGGCUCCGCGACCCAGAUAUCUCAGUGAGCCUGCUGACCCUUGUAGUCACUGCCUGUGGCCUCGCUCUCUUUGGUGUGUCUCUCUUCGUGUCUUGGAAACUCUGCUGGGUUCCGUGGCGAGAACGAGGCCUGUUCUCUAGUAGCAAAGACAACAACCAGGAGCCUCUUAACUACACGGACACAGAGACCAAUGAGCAGGAGAACAGUGAGGGCUUCCUAGACCCUCCCACCCCUUGUCCAGACUCCUCCAUGAAGAUCAGUCACACCUCCCCAGACAUUCCCCUCUCAACCCAGACGGGGGACCGGGACAACUGUGCCCAUGGCAUCCGCGUGCAACGCCAAGUCACAGAGCCAACCUCAUCAGCUCGGCACAAUUCAAUCCGAAGACAACUCAACCUGUCAAACCCAGACUUCAAUAUCCAACAACUUCAAAAACAGGAACAGUUGACUGGCAUUGGUCGAAUUAAACCAGAGUUAUAUAAGCAGAGGUCAUUGGAUAACGAUGACGGGAGAAGGAGUAACAGUAAAUCCUGUGGGAAACUGAACUUCAUUUUAAAAUAUGACUGUGACUUAGAGCAGCUCAUAGUGAAGAUCCACAAAGCUGUCAACUUGCCCGCCAAGGACUUUUCUGGGACUUCAGAUCCUUACGUCAAGAUCUAUUUGCUUCCUGAUCGGAAGACAAAACACCAGACUAAAGUUCACAGAAAGACCCUGAACCCCGUGUUUGAUGAAGUGUUUUUAUUUCCAGUUCCCUACAAUGACCUUGCAGCCAGGAAGCUUCACUUUUCUGUCUAUGACUUUGACAGGUUCUCUCGCCAUGACUUAAUUGGCCAAGUGGUGGUGGAUCACUUCUUAGACUUGGCUGAUUUUCCCAGGGAGUGCAUCCUGUGGAAGGAUAUCGAAUAUGUCACCAACGACAACGUGGAUCUUGGAGAACUGAUGUUUUCCCUCUGCUAUCUUCCCACGGCUGGCAGGCUGACCAUUACCAUUAUAAAAGCAAGGAAUUUAAAGGCAAUGGACAUAACAGGAGCAUCAGAUCCCUACGUGAAAGUCUCACUGAUGUGUGAUGGCAGACGACUAAAAAAGAGGAAAACAUCCACCAAGAGGAACACUCUGAAUCCUGUUUACAAUGAAGCCAUAGUCUUUGACGUCCCUCCCGAGAACAUUGACCAAAUCCACCUGUCCAUAGCAGUCAUGGACUACGACCGUGUAGGUCACAAUGAGAUCAUCGGCGUGUGUCAAGUAGGCAACGAAGCUGAGCGGCUGGGCAGAGACCACUGGAGUGAAAUGUUGUCAUAUCCGCGCAAGCCCAUUGCACACUGGCAUUCCCUGGCGGAGCCUUAGUUCUCAAGUCAUCUACUGACAACUGAGAGCUCUUCAAGAGAAGGGUGUGUAUUGGUCAUCUUUGUGUUUCGAGUGCCUGGUGCUCAGUAAAUGCUUGUGGGACAAAUUAAGAAUAAAUGUACUGAAUGUAAACUUGGAGUAACCAACCCCAAAAGUCCUCUUCAUCAACUGAAAUAAGUUUUUCCUUGCAGCAGUUCCCUAACUUGCCCCUUCAUCUGAAAAGCCAUGACAACGGUCUUCUUAUCUUUUGAACAACGCCACACUUAUAGCCCUUGCUUCUUUUUUCCGAUGAAUCCCUCUUAGUAACAGCCUGUACGUCACACAUGUCACCAUUCACUGCCUUCCCUUCAAGGCUGACUUGACAGUGGAUCGUAACACUUCCCUACGAACUCUGGACUGUUCAGAAUUCCUUUCUGAACAGAGAUUCCUUUUUAGAAGGGCACCAUAAUGGAGUUGGCAUUCAAGGUGUCAUAAUUUGCUGUCCUGGGCAGAGGACCUAAGAGCACACAUUUGGAUCCAUACACGUAUGAUGGCAGAUCCUGGCUCUGCCAUUUACAACCUUUGUUGUUGUUUGGCUUUUCUCAGACUCAGUUACCUUUGUAAGAAAAAAAAAAAAGGCAAUUUAACAUCUAUCACAGAGGGUCAAGGCAAGGACUGAAUGAGAUAAGGUUUACAAAUCUCUUAGGGCAAAGCAGGGUGCUUGAAUGCUCAAUAAAUAGUAAUUAAUACCCAAAUGGAUGCUUCCGUUUUUUGUCUUUUGCCCCAGUCACCUGGCUGGGUUUGAUCCCUGGGUUGGGAAGAUCCCCUGGAGAAGGAAAUGGCAACCCACUCCAAUAUUCUUGCCUGGAGAAUUCCAUGGACAGAGGAGCCUGGUAGGCUCCAGUCUAUGGAGUUGCAAAGUGUUGGACACGACUGAGCAACUAACACGCAUACACACACACCUGGCUGGAAAUGCGUUACCUUCACACUUUCUUUAACAUGCUGAUUCUUCAAGAGGCAAAGGAAAGUGAAGACAGCCCUCCUUGGGGAAAUUGAAAAGGGAAGACUCAGAUUUUAAGCAGGCAGGGGAUGGUGUUUCUUCAUAUAUUUGCAGAGCUGUGUUAAGUAAUAAAUAGUAAGUGAAAUCCCAAGAUUUUUAUGCUUUUUAAAUUUUAAAAUACAAGUUGAACAGUUUUAAGUACAAUAAGAUUGAAUCAUGUAAUGAGUCACUUCAAUUUUCAACAGGCUUCCUAUUUCAAAGCCCUUAGAUACUUCCUGUAAUCAAAACCCAUUUUCCAAUUCACAGGCAGGUAUUAUCUAAUGAUCCACUCAAUCUUUUCAUGUUCUUAAUUUGGGGUCAGUCUCAAUGGCCUGACUCACAUCAGCUGUCAUUUUUGUGAUCGAAAUGUCACUUCACAUUACAGUUUUCAUCGGGACAGUUCUCAUCUUUGGUUUCAAUUCAAUUUCAUUCAAAUCAAAUCCAUAUGUCUCAGGACAAUUGAAUUUGCUUAAAAUCCCCUCUGUUCAGAUAAGACUGUAACCACCACUUCCUGUUGAUGCUACUGAAGUUCCUAAUCCCUUCUAAACGCCUGGUACUGCCUGAUAACAAGGACCCUGCUUUUCUUCUGCCCCCUGGUCCUGACACCGGCUCUGAAACCAGCCGCACAGCCUCAUGGCCACCAGAGCUCGAACCGCCACACCGCUGUCUCUGGUCUGGAUGCCACAGUCUCCACCAGCCCAUCCCACCACCACCCCUGCUGGGUCAGUGCUCCUCUAAACUGUAGAAAAAUCUUUCCUCAUACCUCAUUUAUUAGAAAUCUUGGCUAAGUAACCACUUAUUAGGUUAUAAAUGUUUAGAAAAGUA